UUGUGUUGCUCUGUGAGUAUAAUAACCAAUAGUCACAUAUAUCAUGAUAUAUUUAAUGAUAUUAAACAUGAUUUCGUCAAUUUCUUCUUCAAAUUCAUUCAGUUAGCAUUAGCCUGUUAGCUGUUGCAUUCAAACACACAUUCAAACACACUUACAAACAGCGCCUCUCCUCGAACUGCUAAUUUAGUCUGUUUUACUCUAAAAAUCAAACAUUAGAUCUUUGUGAAUACCUGUGUGAUUGUAUCUAUUUCUUUUAGCGUUUAUCUGCUAAUAUACGUGUGUGAUUUGAACAGAGUAUCGGGUGUAUUUUUGUGUUUUAUCAGAAGCUAACAGGCUUUUCAUCUCAGACUAUUCACUUUUGGAUAAGAAAUGGAUUUAUUUGGUGAUCUUCCGGAACCUACAAAUGAUCCAGGUCCUGUUAAAGCCAAGCAGCUGGAAGAGGGCACAGAGGAGGAUCGAGGAGAGAAGAGGAAGAGAGACGUCAGCUCGGAGGAGACAGAGGUGGAAGACAAGAAACAAGAGGAAAAGAAAGUUUGUAAAGCAGAUCUUGCGAAGCUGACAGGCUUUGUCUCAGCGAGACGCGGUGAACGAGAGGAGAUGCAAGAUGCUCACGUCCUGCUUCCAGAUCUGACAUCCAGCAUCACCAACCUCCCCUCGCAAGUUUCUCGUCUUGCGUACUUCGCUGUGUUUGAUGGUCACGGUGGAGCUCGAGCGUCGCAGUUUGCUGCCGAGAAUCUCCAUCAGACGCUGCUCAGCAAAUUUCCUAAAGGUGAUGUGGAAAAUUUGGAGAAGCUGGUGAGGAAGUGUCUGUUGGACACCUUUCAUCAGACUGAUGAGGAUUUCCUGAAGAAAGCCUCCAGCCAGAAACCUGCGUGGAAGGACGGCUCGACGGCCACAUGUAUGCUGGUGGUUGAUGAUGUUCUUUAUGUGGCAAACCUGGGAGACAGUAGAGCAGUGCUCUGUCGUUUGGAGCAGGCUGAGGAUUCUGGGAAAAGGAAGUGUGUGACUCUGGCUCUCAGUAAGGAGCACAACCCCACCAUAUAUGAGGAGCGCAUGAGGAUUCAGAGAGCGGGUGGCUCGGUCACGCAAAUGCAAAUCUAA